AUGAGAGUAAUUUUAAUUGGUGCUGGCAUAUCAAAUGCUCUAAUAUCUAUUUUACUUCGUCGUCAAUAUGGUGCUGAUCUCAAACUUGUUGUCUUUGAUAAAAGCAAGAAUGUUGGUGGUCGAAUGACAACAAGUUAUGAUAGUGAAGAAAAUCCUCAUUGUUUCCUUGAUACUGGUGCACAAUAUUUAACAUUAACUAAAUCAAAUAGUACAACGACAAAAUUUUUUCAAGAAUUAAUCGAUGAUAAUGUUAUAGAAUUGCUUGAUAAAGAAAACAUCAUCGGCAUGCGUGACAACACAAAUAAAAUCAAUUAUACCGCACCACGUGGCAUAGCAUCGGUUGUUCGAUACUAUUUUGAUCAAGCAGCUGUGCAAAUGAAUCUUUCGAAACAUAUCACCAAUAUUGAUCUUAGUGCAAGCAAGGAUAAAUUUUCAGUAUCAACUAGUAAAGAAAAAUUAGAUGAAGCCGAAACUGUGAUUGUUACUGUUCCACCACCACAAAUACUAACUGAUCUCAAAGGUUCUAUUGCGCAAUUAAUAGAAGAUAAUAAAGAAGUCAAAGAUAAACUUGAUCAAGUGAAAUUUUCUAGUCGUUUUUCUGUUGGUCUUUUUUAUCCACCAUCAAUAACAAGUCUAAAUAUGCCAUGGCGUAUGUAUUAUGUUGAUAAAAAUGAAAAUGAUUGCCUUCGUUAUCUUGCGAUAGAUAAUGCAAAACGAAAUAAGAAUGAUCCACCAUUUUCUCUUAUUGCUCAUACAAGUGUUGAGUUUGGUGCAAAAUAUGCUGAAGUAGAUAAAACAAUCAUAGGCGAACAAGUGAAAGAGAAAAUAUUUCAAUUUCUACCUAAACUUCCACGUGAAGUUAGCAAUGUAAAAUAUCAUAAAUGGAAAUAUUCACAAGUUAUUCAAUCGUAUCCAGAUAAACUCGGCUGUGUUGUCCUGAAGGAAAAUCCUUUGUUGGUCUUAGCUGGUGAUAGUUUUGCAGGCGAAUCAAAUUUUGAAGCUUGUAUCGAAGCAGCAAUUGAAACAGUGAAAAAAAUUGGUGGAUUAUUUAAAUAG